AUAUAGUUGUUGUGAAGAAAGAGAGUGAUGGGAAGUUUGCAGCAGCAAGCGACUGAUCUUGCACUUCCAAAAUCAUGGGGUGGAGGGAGCAACCGUAUAGCUGCUGUCAAUGUGGAGGGAAGCACCCCGGAAUCCUUCCCUAGUAACGACAACAAAAACAGUGAUCAUAAUCAUGACCCAGAUCAUGAGAAACCUGGAUGGAGAAAGUUUUUGUCAUUUGUAGGCCCUGGUUUCCUUGUCUCAUUAGCUUAUCUUGAUCCUGGCAACCUGGAAACUGAUAUGCAAGCAGGAGCCAACCAUGGAUAUGAGCUACUGUGGGUGGUGUUAAUUGGAUUAGUGUUUGCUCUCAUAAUCCAGUCUCUUGCUGCUAAUCUUGGAGUCAGCACUGGCAAGCACUUAUCAGAAUUGUGCAAGGCUGAGUACCCAGUAUUGAUCAAAUAUUGCCUGUGGUUGCUUGCAGAGCUUGCUGUCAUAGCUGCUGAUAUUCCUGAAGUGAUUGGGACAGCCUUUGCAUUAAAUAUACUGUUUCAUGUCCCAGUUUGGGCUGGGGUUCUCUGCACUGGUUUAAGCACUCUCCUCCUCCUGAGCCUGCAAAGAUAUGGGAUAAGGAAGCUGGAAAUGCUGAUAGCGGUGAUGGUUUUUGUAAUGGCCGCAUGUUUCUUUGGGGAAAUGAGUUAUGUAAAACCUCCGGCGACUGGUGUUCUAAAGGGCAUGUUUGUGCCCAAGCUUUCCGGCCAAGGAGCCACCGGCGACGCUAUUGCCCUCUUGGGCGCGCUUGUUAUGCCGCACAAUCUCUUUCUCCACUCUGCUCUCGUGCUCUCCAGAAAAGUACCCAACUCUGUUCGUGGCAUCAAUGCUGCGUGUAGAUAUUUCCUGAUGGAGAGCGGCUUCGCCUUGUUUGUGGCGUUUUUGAUCAACGUAGCGGUUGUCUCGGUGACGGGCACCGUCUGCUUAGCCGAUAAUCUCUCUAGUGAAGACCAGGAUCGUUGCAGCAAUCUUACCCUCGACUCUGCUUCUUUCAUGCUCCAGCAUGUGCUGGGAAAGUCUAGCUCAACCCUUUACGCCGUUGCACUUCUUGCCUCGGGGCAAAGCUCUACAAUUACAGGCACUUAUGCAGGACAAUUUAUCAUGCAGGGCUUCUUGGAUCUUAAAAUGAAGAAAUGGGUGAGGAACUUAAUGACUAGGAGCAUUGCCAUUACACCCAGUCUUAUUGUGUCCAUCAUUGGUGGAUCUCAAGGGGCCGGUAGACUAAUCAUCAUUGCAUCGAUGAUUCUAUCAUUUGAGCUGCCAUUUGCUCUCAUCCCACUUCUGAAAUUCAGUAGCAGCUCAACCAAGAUGGGACCGUACAAGAAUUCUAUAUAUAUCAUUGUGAUUUCAUGGAUACUAGGCCUUGGAAUCAUCGGUAUCAACGUCUAUUACUUGAGCACAGCCUUUGUAGGUUGGUUGAUUCACAAUGAUUUACCAAAAGUCGGAAAUGUUUUCAUCGGAAUCAUCGUGUUUCCUCUAAUGGCCAUCUACAUCCUGUCAGUCAUCUAUCUAACCUUCCGAAAGGACACUGUUGUAACAUAUAUCGAGCCCGACAAGAACGACCCAACUGCCCAAGCUCGGAUGGAGAGUGGGCUUAGCAACCUUGACGGGUCCUUCCGGGCAGACAAUGUCCCUUACAGGCAGGAUUUAGCUGACAUCCCACUGCCAGAGUAGGUGGUUUUUAAUCUCUCAAAUCAAGUCCAAUUACCAACUAAGCUGUUAAACUAUGAUAAAGCAGCUUGUCUGCUUAGGGAGUUGUACGAUGAAGAUGUUUCGAAGCCUGUCGGAAGUUAAAUUAUGACUAGAUUCCUUCUGUUUCUCAGGUUUUGAUAGUAUUUGCAUGUGUAACCUCUCUUUCCCAAAAAAAGAAAAAAAAAAAAAAGAGUUGUUAAGUUUUGCUGUGAAAACUAAGUCUAAUAGUUGCACAGGAAGAAAUAAUGAAAAGCGAUAAUCUAAUUAGUAUGGUCAUAUUUCCCCUUUCUUUUUCUUUCUUGUUUAUAGCGUAUUAAGUUAAUGAAUAAAGAUGAUCUCCUGUUUAUUUCA